CUGGGUGGAAGAGAGGGGGAGCCCAGUUCCCCAGCUGAUCUGCAGCCUUCCCCCCUCUUUCUCGGGACAGCAGCGUGGAUCAAAGCCGACGCGUCGGCGGCGGCGGCGGAGAAGGGUCGCGCAGGCGAGGCGAGUGGGCCACUUGGCCUGCCGCGUUACGUGUGGAUUAGGUCAUGUCCCGCUCUGGGAUCGCCCGCGCGGAGCCGAGGAGACGUGGACGCCACGCAGGCAAGCAGCAACGGGCGGCAGGCGCGGAGGAGGCUUCCCCCUAGAGCGACAUGCAGACGUGUGGCGGGCGCUAGGGGCUGUGUGUGUGCCCGGCCGCCUCAGUAGGUAAGGAGGAGGCCCCGAGGGGAAGGACGGACGGAAGGAAGGAAGGAAGGAAGUCGGGGGGCUGCCGAGCCGAGGACCCACUCCACUUUCCCCACGAUGAACAAAAUCCGGAAGCUUUUCCGAGGCAGUGGGAGAGCCUUGGCUUUCAUCUUCGCCGCCUCCGUCCUCUGGCUGCUCUUUGACAUGGCAGCUCUCAAGUUUUCAUUCAGUGAGAUCAACACCAAGGUCCUGAGAGAGGAGCUGAUCAGGAAGGAGAGGGAGCGAUUCAGAGGGUGGCGAGUCCACCCAGAGAGUGUCCUCCACAGGUCCAGAGGGGAGCCCCCCCGGCCUCCCCUCAGAGGGCUGGGGAGGGAGGCCAGCGACUCCAGGGCCGGGGAUGAGGAUGCUGCUGGCGGGGCUGGGAAUGGGCUCCGCAGCAGAGCAAAGAAGAUGCAGGGGCGGACUGAAAAGAGGAGCGCAGCAUCCACAGCAGCCGAAGCGCCUGAGGCAGUCAUUGUCCUGCGCAGGACCAUCCCAGGCAAACUGUGGAGCCCUCUGCCCUCAGUUCCCAUGGAAAAGAAAGCCAAGGGGGCAGGGAACGCCAGCAGCCUCCUGCAGACAAAGGCCGCUCUUCCCAGGGGGUUUCAGCCGACCCAGUUAGCAGCUGCUCCGGGGCGGCCACUUGUCAACUCAACACACAGUGCAGCCGCUGUCAGGAAGCAAGGCACUCCACAACGGCACAGGCCGUUCACUCAGGGAGCCCAGGGAAGAAAGGAGGUCUUAUUCAAAGUUGGAUUAGUGGAUCAAGAUUCUUGGGCUGGAUUAAAGCAAGGAUUGCCAGAGGGAAGCAAACCCGAGGAACCUCAGGACAGCCACUGGGGGCUGCUGAGAGUGACAGACUUUCCAGGGAACAAGACCCAGGCGAGAGGAAACAUCCCAAAUGCAGCAAGGGGCUUGGAUGUACCUGGCAGCAGGGCAGCUGCUUCAGAGGGGAAAGAAGAGUCUACAAACUCAACAGGUCCAGAGAAGCUGUCCAAAGAGGAGGAUAUAAAAAUUGCCCAUGCAAAGAAAAUUCCUCUGGAAAAUCCAGUGGUCCUGAUUAGCAAGGAGAGAGCUCAAGUGGUCUUUCCAGGGACUCGCACUCUCCAAACGGAUGUCAAGGCAAACCUUACAAAGAGACUGAUGGAAACAAGUAUGCAGCCGGUUGAUGACAAAAGCAAAGAUAAAUGGAAAGUUAUUAUUAAUGUCACCAAAGUAGCUGAUCUUAAGGCCAUGACUCCGAAAGCACGUCUGGCUGAAGGAGCGGAGCUAGGGGAAAUGCAAAAAGUCACUUUAGUCACUUUGGGCCAAUUAAGGGAAACCAGUCAAAGUGAUGGUGUGGCUCAUUUCGCAGAAAAUACUCGACUGCACAAAGUGUUAGCCAUUGAUAGGGUACUUGUCCCAAGGGACCCCAGUGCACCGGGUCAAUUUGGGCGCCCUGCGGUGGUCCCAGGUGAGAAGCAAGAAGAGGCAAAAAGGAGAUGGAAUGAGGGGAACUUCAAUGUCUAUCUCAGUGACUUAAUCCCAGUAGACCGAGCCAUUGAGGACACAAGGCCCCCUGGAUGUUCUGAUCUUCUUGUUCACAAUGACCUCCCCACCACCAGCAUCAUCAUGUGCUUUGUUGAUGAAGUGUGGUCCACUCUCCUCCGCUCUGUUCAUAGUGUCCUCAAUCGAUCCCCUCCUCAAUUUAUUAAAGAAGUUAUUUUGGUGGAUGACUUCAGCACAAAAGCAUACCUCAAGGAUAAAUUAGACCAAUACAUGGCACAGUUUCCCAAAGUCCGGGUCCUCCAUCUCAAAGAAAGGCAUGGUUUAAUACGAGCUAGACUGGCUGGAGCGGAGAUGGCUAACGGUGACGUGCUAACAUUCUUAGAUUCUCACGUGGAGUGCAACGUAGGGUGGCUUGAGCCGCUACUGGACCGCAUCCGUUUAAACAGAAAGAAAGUUGUUUGUCCCGUUAUCGAAGUAAUCAGUGACAAAGACAUGAGCUACAUGACUGUGGACAGCUUUCAACGUGGUAUUUUUACAUGGCCAAUGAAUUUUGGGUGGAAGCCAAUUCCUCCAGAUGUCAUCAAGAAAAAUAAGAUGAAGGAAACCGAUAUCAUUAGGUGCCCUGUGAUGGCAGGUGGAUUAUUUUCUAUUGAUAAGAAAUUUUUUGAACUUGGGACAUAUGAUCCUGGCCUUGAUGUUUGGGGAGGAGAAAACAUGGAGAUCUCAUUCAAGGUUUGGAUGUGUGGAGGGGAAAUAGAAAUCAUCCCGUGUUCCAGAGUUGGCCACAUUUUCCGGAAUGAUAACCCUUACUCCUUCCCUAAAGACCGUGUUACCACAGUGGAGCGGAAUUUGGCCCGUGUUGCAGAGGUUUGGCUGGACGAAUACAAAGACCUCUUCUAUGGACAUGCCUACCACCUCAUCCUAAAAAAUCUGGAUGUUGGAAAUUUGACUCAGCAAAGAGAACUGAGGAAGCGGCUUCAAUGCAAAAGCUUCAAGUGGUAUCUGGAGAAUGUUUAUCCCGAUUUAGGGGCACCACUUGUUAAAGCCUCUGGACUGAUGAUUAAUAUAGCAUUGGCAAAGUGCAUCACUGUGGAUAAAUCCAAUCUGGUGUUUGAAACAUGUGAUCUUAAUAACAAGAACCAACAGUUCAACUACACUUGGCUGAGAUUGAUCCAGCAUGGCGACUUCUGUGUGGCACAAGCUGAUGCAAAAGGAACUCUGGGCCUGCACCCUUGCGAUAAAAGAAACAAUAGUCUGAAAUGGUUGCAUAAAUCUCUGGUCGCUUUUCAUCCAGAACUCAUGAAUCACAUUAUUUCAGAACACCUUCCGAGGACCACGUGUUUGGAAGCGGAUCAGUCUCAGAAAGUCCUGAGGGCCAAUGUUUGUUCCUCUUCCAAUCCUUAUCAGAAGUGGCAGUUUGGAAAUUAUUAUGCUGACUGAGGUGAAAGAUGAGCACACCAGACAUGGGGGUCGUUUUGUAAUCCAGCGAAUGACAGCUGUGCAACUUCUGAUAGCAAGUACAAAACUGGCAACUCACUUCCAUGCUACAACUGCAACCCAUCACAUUAAAAGAAGCAUAUGGAGAGCUCAGAAGAGGGAGCGAGAGCUCAGCUGGUUUAAUGUGACUUAACACAAGCCAGGCAUGUAACUUUAAGGGGUGCUUGGCACGAAUCCAGCAGGUGGGGGGAGUCAGAAUCGAGAAGUAUUUCCAAAGUACUUCCUUAAAAGACUUAUGGGGCUUAACUCCCAGAGAGUAAAGCAAAUGAAUCAAUGCAGCGGUGUUGACCUUUUAAAAACACAUUUUGGAAACUACUGUUUGCUAGGCAGUUUUCUCUCUCAGAAUAUCAGCCUAUUAGCAACCUCGUAGGCUUACGUAUGUAAAGCCUCCAUCCCAAAAUGCAUGGCUGAGCACAGGAGCUGGCAGCUGUCAAAGUGGUUUGAUUUUGUUUUCCAGCUGAGUGCCUCCUUUGGAGUCAUAGCAAAAGUCUGACUUGACUGUAGAAAGCAAAGGGUUGGAAAGGUUUCAUGAGGUGAGUAGGCAAAGCCCUAAUGCUGACAACCUUCAAGAAAGAAUGGAGAGAAGUGUAGGCCAACGUUUCUGGCUAGCAAGGAACAGAAAUACUGUCUUCAUGAGGGGUCAUGUAAACCUGUGUGGGCAGCAGCAAUAAAAGUUCUCAUUAUUGUGCUAAAACUCUUUGGUGAAAGAAUCACACAACCAUACCAUGUGGGAACCACUUUAAAACUCCCUAGUGAUUUUUUAACCACAUAAAGAGCCAGUUGUCUCUAGCUUUCAGCUGCACAGAGAACCAAGUAUUCUCACCCUGCAGCCACUUGGAAAUACAGGGACGUGGGGGAUAGCAUUAACACUUGGCUUACAACCUGGCUAUGGACAACCGACUCACUAUGCUGCUUGCCAGCCACCAGUGUUUGAAAGCAGCCCCUGCCUGGUACAUAGUAACAUGAUUCCACCAUUUAUCUUGAGGAGUUGAUUUCUCAAAACAUGAAUAUACAUACUUAAGGCAGAGUAAAGUGGAACCUUUCCAGAGUAAAAAAUAAAAGCACAAAGUCAGCAGCCCCACCUGGUAUAUCUGCUGUUCCCACUGACGAUGCAAAAUCAAUCCUAGGAAUGUUCAUUCUUUUCUUUUUUAAAGUGCUACCUAAUAGGAGUACUGUUUAAGAAUAGGAUCCAAUCAUCCUCCCUUCUCUGUAAUUUAAUCCUCAGGGGUGUGUGUGUCUGUGUGUGUGUGUAGAUAGAUAGAUAGAUAUACACAUACAUACAGUCUCUCUCUCUUUCUCUCUCUCUCUCUCUCUGGUUAAUAUGAGAUAUAAAAAAACAAUAGUCAUGAACCCGUGCUCUUUUCAAGGAUUCAGUAUGUGGGGCUGUUGGCUGUACCUUGGCUCUUUGUUGUUUGAGAAUGGCAACCCUAGUUAAGGAGCCUUUUUGUCAUUUUGCAGAACUGAGCCCUUUAGUUGCGAUUCUCAGACCAUUUUAUGUCAGACCAGUCCCCACAAAAGGACCACUGCAGAAUUGGUUUCUCCAAGGUUUGCACCUGCUGUAAUCUUCAGAAUCCGCAAAAGCAGUGAGACCACUAGAGUAACAGAUUUGAGAAUUCACAUAGGCAGAGCAUUAUAUUGCAUUUGUACUUCACAAGACAAACCCUAGGUGACAGCCAAGGUUUCAUCCUCCAUAAUGUUUACAGCCCAUUACAAGACUGCUUUGUGCCCAAGAGGGCCCCUGUAGAAUGCUACCAUCACAUCACGUAUCAACACUGACAAUGUUUGACAAGCCAAGCUUGCCAAAAUAUUGAUUUGCCUAACAGACUUCACAGUCAGCUUCAUUUCCAGCUGUCUAUCUGAUUCCCUUCCCCUCCCCCACCCUUCAUGUCUAGCUACCCUGCAGUCACUAUCUGAAAAAUUGCACAGAUGUCUGUGCACUCAUGUUUUUAUCAAUGGUAUGAAUUUCAAUACAUUCUGUGUGCUGACAUCCCAUCAUGUGUCACUGAGCAGGCACAGAAUGGCCAUAUGCCACGAUCAGCUUACAUCUCCCUCCCUGUCAUUUGCACUCUCGUUCUUCAUUUGUGUAGAUGUCCAUUCAGUGUUGGUAUCACUUAUGGGUUUUUUUAAGCAUCUUGUGUGUUUCCUGUGGGCUCUUGGCACAAGACACAUGACAGAAAUGGUCCCAAAAGAAUGUGCACCAGUGCCAUUCUUCCAUCUUGAUAUCCCUACACAGAAUAUCCAAAUGUCAUUUCCAGUUCAAACACAUAAAUGGGCAUGGCUUCAAAUAGUGUAACACCAUUUACCAGGAUACAAUACACCUUAUUUUUUCUGCAAACUCUUUUACUAACAGAAAUAUGUUUCCAGCUGUUUUUCAGUCAUGCUUAGCUUUGCAUGGUUGCAAAAAUCCAGGCAUGCAGUCACCACAAGUGACUUGUCUGGCAGGAACAUAGGGAGCUGCCUUAUACCGAGUCAGGCCAUUGGUCCAUCUAGCUCAGCAUUGUCUUCACAGACUGGCAGCAGCUUUUCCAAGGUUGUAGGCAGGAAUCUCUCUCAGCACUAUCUUGGAGAUGGCAGGAAGUGAACUUGGAACCUUCUGCAUGCAAGCAUACAGGUGCCCUUCCCAGAGUGGUCCCAUCCCCUGAGGGGAAUAUCUUACAGUACUCACACCUGUAGUUGCCCAUUCAAAUGCAAACCAGGAUGGACCCUGCUUAGCAAAUGGGACAAUUCAUGCUUGCUACCACAGGAGCACCUCCUCUCUGGUGAAGAAGGCAGGUCAGGGAUGUCUUCUCUUCCUGUGUGAAUUGCUGAAAGGAGGAGAAGAGACCAAAACACACCGGGAAGAACUGGUUCCCUCCCUCCCAAGUCUCCAUCUUCCUUUUCCUCUAAGCUAAACUUUGCAAAUGUUUGUGCACCCCCUCCUCGGAAACAUGCCAAAGCAAGUUGCCUUGUGUGUUCGCCUCAGCCCAGUCACCUUAGAUUCCUAACACCCAUUUAUUUGUGCUCAUGAAUGAAACUCAGAUUGAGGGGUGUGAUGUGAUCAUGGUGAGCUGGUAAUCAGAACUUUGCAUGCUCAUAAUGCAGUUCUCUUCUUUUGAAAGUGGACAAGAAUAAAUCCUUCCCCUCUGUGUGUUGUGACAUAGAAGUGAUUUGUGUCUUGGAAAACAUGAUGUCCCUAAGCCAGAGAUUCACAUGUGCAGCAAUGGCCUGUCCAGAUAGAUGCUUUGCAGUGCCUACUACCAAGAGAUGGCUAGUGCUGUCAGUUUCAGCAACACCACAAAUAGGUGUUGCUGUCACCUCCCCAAAGACUGUAUGUGAUCAUUUGCCAACACUGACAGCACUGAAUCUGCUCAGCCCCAAUCCACAUUGAAAUUAAAGGGAUUUAAAUUGAGGCCAAACAACAUGUUACGUCCAUCAUUAACUGAUAAGCUUAAUGGCAGCAGUAAUGCCAGAAGUAAUCUGGAAGUGUUGCUUUGAUUUUUAUUUCUAAAAAGCAGCUAUGGAUGUAGCCUGAUCUGUGGGGAGGGGAGAUGGGUUAACAGAUUUCAGCGGAACAUGGUCCUGUCUUCCUGCUGACAAUCAUCUCCCAAGUGGCUAUUAGUUGCAAGCAGCUGCUUCAGGAAGGAGGGGAAAUAGCACGGGUAGGGGGGAAUGCUAACAACCCCCUCCUGGGACACUUGGUCCUGAGCUAGAUCAGGGGCUCCCACAACUGCUUUUUACAGCAAAGAGGCACUUCUGAUUUACUUUCUCUAUUAAACCCAUUAAUUAGUGAAGUGCAUACAACAUAUAGCUUGUCCCUUAGUUGCAUCUAAUGCCCCACUGAUUUCAGUGUAACUUCAGCACAACUAGCACUCACUGGAUUAGCACCACAGUCCCCACUCCAGUGCCAAGAAUCACAGCCCAGAGUGUCAGAUGCAGUUAUCCACCACAGGAAUCAUGCGAUUGUGCACAGUAUCCUUUUGUGUGUGCAAUAGCUCCCAUUGCAGCACCCAGUUCCCCGUUCCAGGCAGAAAAAGGAUCAGGCAAGAAACCCACUUUUAUGCAUGCAUUGCACUAACUGCCUUGACAUGUGAGCCAAUCCUGAGAGGAAAAGAGUUCAUCCUUUGCUUGCUAGUAAGGAGCAUUCUGUUACUCAAUGUUUAGUGCUUGAACUGGAUUAAGGAGAUUACUCAGACACAGCAUUGUGUUGUGUUGUCCUCUUUCCUCUAUGGCUACAUGAUCUGCAAUGGAAUCAUGACCUAAACACUUAAGAAAACUUGAAUGUUACUUUAUGCCACUGAAGAAGCACAACUCAGGUCAAUUAUGGACUAAACUCUGACUCUUUGGCCACCUUCGGAUGUACCUUACACUGCUGGUCCAACGGACCUGCAGUUUGCCUCCCAGACCCCCAGCAGGAGACCACAAAGCGGACAGAACUGACUGUGUGGGCUUCCUCCAACACUGAAAAGAAAGCCGUUCCAGCCAAUAGAAUUUAAGGGGUGGGAGGUGCUUCCUCAACUCCGGUUUGGGCGGGUGUCCCAAACCAGAUGACACAUUGGAGCCUCUAGACCAUGCAUCCCCAAACUGCAGCCCUCCAGAUGUUGCUGAACUACA